CGAGAGAAAAGGGGAGAUAACGAAACCGGAAGAAACCCUCCAACGGGCUCGUGCAGCUGAGCUCGCCCAGUUCCUGCCUCCGAGAACAUGCAGCUUCGGUCUUAACCAUAAACUUCACAAGACGUCUUUUAAAGAAGACUUUUCUUGUUAAGAGCAAGAUCAUGUCAUUCCUGGCAGAUGUUGUUGAAGUUGGUGGGAACGGAGGAAGUCCUUUUGAUUUUGAUGGCACUGAACAUGGAACCAUGUUGAAAAAGAUCACGGUGUGGGUCGGUAACUGGCAGGUGAAAGCCAUGAAGGUUUGGCUUACUGAUGGCCUGUCCAAGCAGUUUGGUGAACCUGGUGGGAAUUUUACAGAGUUUAUAUUUGAAGAUGGGGAGCAUUUCACCUCCCUUUCACUUUGGGCAAAUGGAAAUGGAACACGUCUGGGUGCCAUCAAAUUCAAGACAAAUCACUCCCGGGAGUUCUUUGCACGCUUGACAGGAUGGGUGCUGCAACCAGAAGUUCCAGUUGAUGUUGCUUCUGGGAUCUGCAUGGGAAUCAAAGGACGCUCAGGUUUAGAUAUUGAUUGCUUAGGCUUCAUGUUCAUUAACACCAUCAAGUCUACUGAGCUUACAAAUGUUGAGUAUCCCACACUUCAUGAUGUGAUACCCAAAGUGGCUGUUGCGGAAAUCAAAUCCAUGACCUACCAGAAUAACACUACUGAAACGCAAGAAUAUAGAAUUGAAACCUCCAAAAAAAUCACCCAAAGAUCCUCCUGGUCUGUUACCGACAGACUGGAAUUCAUGUUCAGCCUCGAAGUGAAGGCAGGAAUUCCACUAAUUGCAGAAGGCACAACAAGUUACGAAUUCAGAAUUGGAGUUGAGAGUACAUAUGCUUCGGAGACCACUGAAGAGAAGAUGGAGCUCUUCUCGUUUCCUGUUAAAGUCCCUCCAGGUAAAACUGUGGAUGUGGACAUCACAACUGGCCAGGCUACAAUUGAUCUCCCCUUCAAUGGCAUAGUCAAGAUUACCUGCUAUAAUGGCAGUGUGCUGCAGUUUAAUACCAGUGGAAAGUACAAGGGUGUCACUUACACUGAUGGAAAAGUAGUUGUGAAUGAAUCAGCUAAAAAGCUUGAUGGCAUAUAGGCUUUGAACUAAAUUUAAAUUAAAUUAAAUUAAAUGGUUUUAAAAGUUCAGUAUCAUGAAUCUCAUAUAUUAGAUCAUUCAAACUGAGAAUGUGUUUGAUGCUAGCUUGGUGUUAAAUGAUUUGGUUUUAUUAUUAGCUUUUCAUAAUCAUAAUGAUUCUCUUGUCUGAUUUGUUUUUUUCAUAAUCUGUAAACCUUUUAAAACAGUGACUUGAUUUAUCCUGCUAGGCUUCCAGCGGUGCAGACCCAUAUUUUUUGAUUAAUAAAACAUUCUUUAAAAAACAUUCUGAAUGAUGACUGUAUUUGACUGUAGCUUGCUAUAACAAUUUUAUUUGAUAAUUACCUUCUUACUUAUUAGGAAGAUUGUAAUCUGUAAAGUCUUAAAAUUCUCACUCUACUAUUGUUUCGACUCAUUUUUGCCUACAAUAUAAUGUAUACAAAAGCAUGUUCUUUCUGUCUGAGAUGCACCAUUUGUAAACAUUUCAUUUGAUUUCAUGGUUGUACAAUACAGGAGCAUUGCUUGUGCACAUUCUCAGAAAUUAGCAUGUGGUGCAAUACCAACGUAACCAGUGGAGGCAGUAUAGCACCAUGCGACACUGUAUCCACAACACAAUAAACAACUAACAUUGUGUCUCAAA